AUGGCGACUGAUUCUUCGACGUCUGAGCCUUCUCCUUUACCUUCUUCGGAUGCUUCUUCUGUUCCCCUCUCUCUUGAUCCCUAUGCCAAUCCUUUGUAUCUCCAUGCGGCUGAUUCCUCCAGCAUUUCUCUGGUCACCGACAAGCUCAUCGAUGAGUCAAAUUAUAACUUCUGGGCAACAUCGAUGAUUCAGGUCCUUACGGCCAAAAACAAGCUUGGCUUCAUCUAUGGUACUAUCCCUCAACCUCUUGAGUCUCACGGUGAAUAUGGUGCUUGGAUAAGAUGUAAUGCCAUUGUUGGUACUUGGAUAAAUAACUCUGUCUCCCCUGAUGUUAAGACGAUGAUUAUGUAUAUCGAAAAUGCUCACCUCAAAUGGACCACCCUUGAAACUCAGUUUAAACAGAAGAAUGCGUCUAAGAUUUUUCAUAUUGAGCAGCAAAUUGAAUCCCUGCAACAGGGAUCGCUUGACCUGAACACUUUCUAUACCAAACUUAAUUCUCUCUGGGAAGAACUGAAAAUGCAUGACCCGGUUCCUGUUUGCGUCUGUGGGAGUUGCACUUGUGAUUCAAAGACCAGAUUGAUGGAUUACUAUGACAAAAAGAAUGUUGUAAGAUUCUUGAUGAAACUUACUGAGUUCUUUCACCCUGCUCGGCGUCAGAUUCUUAUGCUUGACCCGAUGCCUUCUAUUCGGAAAGUUUACGGGAUGGUUGCUCAGGAAGAGCAUCAACGUAUUGCUUUGCCCCCUAUUCAUGACUCUGUUGUUUUUCAGGCCAAUAUCUCACCCACUUUCAGACCUCGCCCUUUCUCUUCUUCUAAAUCUAGACCUUUCUGUACCCAUUGUGGGAUUUCGGGACACACUAUUUCCCGUUGCUACAAGAUUCAUGGUUACCCUCCUUCUAACCGUUUGCCUCCUUCGUCCAAACCUGGUCUAUUGCCCAAACCUCGCUUUUCUACCUCAGAUAAUACCCAGAAUGUUGUCAAUAUGGUGGGACUGGAUGAUGAUAUUUCGGCUCGUUCUCAGUCUGUUCUUCCUGACAACUCGGCUCAGACCACACUUGCACAAGCUCAGGCUCUGUUUGAUCAGUUUCAGAAUCAACUCAAAGGGCUAAGCAGUUCUGCUAUGGAUUCAAAUGUUCCAGCCUCUCCCUCCCACCCUGCACCAGCUUUUCAUUUUAACCUCCUAAGUGUUAGUGCUCUCACACGAGACACGCCUUUUACUGUCUCUUUUUCUCAUGAUUCAUAUAUGAUUCAGGACCCUACUCAGGCCUUGAUGAUUGGGAGGGGUAAGAAGCGUCACAACCUUUAUUUCCUCGAGCUGCAAGGCAUUCCUUCUUCGUCUUCCCCUGUUUUUCCCGAUGCUCUCUGCACUGCUCUUUCUGCUCCUGCUUCCAUUGAUCUAUGGCACACUCGCCUUGGUCACCCCUCCUUCCUACGUGUUCAGGCUCUUGGUUCUUCUUCUUAG